GUCAGACGAACUGGACGAAGAAAACGAACAAGAAUGGAACACAUACGAAGAUAAUGUCAAAAGGAAACAUACAUACAUUUCCUGUAAGACAUCUAAAAGACAAACAGAUGACCCUUCUUCAAUACAAGGCGGAAUAAAACGCUGUUGUGUCUGUGGAAAUGAAUUGGAUUGUCCGGAAAAGCAGUUAAAUAGGAGAAAAUACACAAAAUCGUUGUUGAACUCAGCAGUUAAUAAAUAUGCUAGUCAAAGUAACACGAAUGAUUCUGUAUAUGGUAAAACCGAUAGCUCUUUGUCCGAAAACGGAUACACACAUCAUAACGUUCAACAAAGUAUGAGUUUAGAGAAAGAACAAAAUGAACACGUUCAGUCACACAAUACUCGUCACCAAACCCAUUGGUUUGUCAACUCUGGUCAUGGGCGCGAAACUGGAGUUGCUGAAGCUCACAGUUACGACACGGAAGAGGAGAUGGAAACUGAAGAUUUGAAUACAGCUAGGAAUAAACAACCGAGUCCAUCCUUUUCUGCAAUCGAAAUAACUAAUAUCACUGAGAUCGAGUUUUAUAGUGACAACUUGAAAUUUUAUCGGAACCAAAUUUGCACAAGACCGUUUCCCGGUCAAGAAAUCGAAGGCGUUCUAGCGUGGACAGGAGACUAUACUAGAUUGGAGGAAGAGCAUUCGUACAUCCAAUGGCUCUUCCCAACCCCUCAGACAUCAGGACACAACUUCUCUGCACAACAGCUGUAUCCACACGAAGCUGAGACAAUUCGAAACGAUGAUGUGAUGAAUGCUCGGGUCCUACGUGCGUAUAAAAUGAUGCUGGAUUUCUUUGGUAUGGAACUGGUAGAUGAGAGGAGCGGAAUGAUCCGUCGAUGUGCUGCAAACUGGAAGGAACGAUAUGCGCAUCUUAAUACAUCUUUUCACAACUGCAUGCGGAUAACACGAAUACUGAUAAGCAUUGGUCAGCUUGGAUAUGCGAGAUUUCAAGUUCCCUUGGUAAGGUUCCUAAUGACCGAGGCUAUAGUCACCAAAGAACUUCAUAAUCUUAAUUCCAAUAGCAUGGACUAUUGGAUCGAAGCAGUAGUGGAUGGUGAUGAAAUGUUCGACCUGAUGCAACUUCGACAAUUUAUGCAGCAGAACCGCAAACAAUUGGAAAAACUUUUGGGAAUAAUUUUCCAAACAGCCUGAUGUUUUAUAGGGAUAUACUGAUGUUAAAAAAUAUGAACGACAAGCCAAAAAUCUUGUUCAACAUAUUUUUAUGGUCCAUUUAUUGUUUCAAUAAGUUUAACAUCAAGUUCAAUGGGCGCAAAGAUUUUUAAAGGUGCAUUAACUUGUAGUUAAAUGGACAUGUCCUAUCCACUGCAACAUACAUCAAAUCGAGAUAAUAAUUUCUGUUCACACAAUUGUAAAAUAUGAUACAUGUAAGCAACUACUAAUUCAGCUAUAAUGUAUCUGCACAAAAAAACCACAAAGCAAAUGGAGCUGAGCUUUAUGACUAUAAAAUGACAACAUAUACUUUAAUAUAAAAUAUCAAAUGUAAUCGUUUUAGGAGAACCGUAAGCCAAUUCAUUUAAUGCAUCCGGACGCAUAAACUGAGCAAAACAGUUAAAACUCCAAAUUACAAAUAUUUUGAAAAUCGAAAAACCGAAACUGAAAUUCGUAUCUUUAUUGCAAACAUAUGUAUGUAUGCUUUUUGUUGAUUGUAUAUAUUUAUGCAUACGUGUGUUGUGGAAAAUGCAAUACAGUGUUAUUAAAAAAAGUCUUGUAUU